UCUGUGCGGUACAGAAUAGCUAUGGUCGGUUUUCUGGGUGGAGCUAAUGUUAUUUUACAAAGAUCUAAUCUAAGUAUGGCAAUUGUAUGUAUGGUGAAUCAUACGGCCUUAGAACUUUUAAAAAAUGAAAAGGAACAAUUUGCCUUAAAUUCUUCCAUAAUCAUUAACAGCAACUUUUCAUAUACCUUUGCCAACAACGAUGGAGAAUUUGUGUGGACCAAAAAUAUUCAAGGUUUACUGUUGGGUGCUUUGUUUUGGGGUUAUAUCACCUGUCAAAUAUUGGGUGGAUAUCUGAUUAAAAAAUUGGGCGUACGACAAGCUGUCGGUCCAUUCUACAUAGCUAUAUCUAUCUUAACCAUGUUAUCUCAUCCAGCUGCUUUAUGGAGUCCAUGGGCCUUAUUUGUUUUACGGGUUUUAAUAGGUGUAACAAAUUCUAUUUGUAUUCCUGGGAAUUUCUUCAUUAUAUCAUUAUGGGCUCCACCAGCGGAGAAGAGUAGAAUUGGUAGCAUAUUAUAUGCAGGAGUAACAUUUGGUAACGUCAUAGCAUUCCCCUUAUCUGGUCUUCUAUGCCAAUAUGGUUUUGCCGGUGGAUGGCCAUCGGUUUUUUAUGUCUCAGGUAUUUUAAGUUUCAUGUUAGUUAUUUUAUGGUAUUUAUUUGUAUAUGACUCUCCACUGAAACAUCCUUCUAUCAGUUCAAGUGAAAAGGCAUACCUGGUCUCCAACAUAGAUUUUGCUGCACUAACAAAGAAGAAGGAACCAGUUCCUUGGUGUCGAGCUUUGACAUCGUUACCAGUCCUGUCUAUAUUUAUAGCUCAUACCAGUUUAAAUUGGGGAUUAUACCUCAUGCUUACUAGUCUCCCUCUGUACAUGAGAGAAGUACUGAAAUUUGAAGCAGCUUCAAAUGGAUUCAUUUCCAUGUUACCAUUUAUAUGUUUAACAACACAAUUGGUUGUAUCUGGUGUUAUAUUUGAUAAUAUUACGAAAAGAUACGGUCUCAAAGUAUCUCGAAAGUCUUCAACUUUCUUAGGUUUGGUUGUACCAGCAAUUUUACUUACAGCUUUGAGUUUUUUUGACUGCGAGCAAACUGCAUUCGUUGUGGUGUUAAUGUGUUUAGCAGCUUCCUUUCUUUCUUUGAACUUUGUUGGUUUAAUGGUGAAUAUGUUUGAUAUUUCCCCGACACAUGGUGGACAAAUUAUGACAGUUAGUAACACUAUAGCUAACUUUCCAGGCAUUUUAACACCAUAUACUGUAGCUCAAUUUACACCUAAUAAUACUAGAGAACAGUGGCAGAAAAUGUUCUUUCUUACUGCUGGAAUUCUAACGUUUGGUGCGCUUUGUUUUGUUGUUUUUGGAAAAGUUACGGUGGAGAAAUGGUCAGUACCUACAGAAAAGAAAGAAGAAGCUAUUGGUCUGAGCUGUGUGGUUGAAAAUGGUGAGAUUACUGAAAAGAACUACACUCCUGAAACCGAUAAGUUUAUCGACACAAAACAUGUCGUUGAAACCGACGAGAUUAUUGGACAGAACGACGUGGAUGAAAAUAGUAAAUGA